AUGGCUGCAGGUUACCUUACCAACAUCAUGAUCCUAUUGCUGCUUUUCUUUGACUCGACUCACGGAAACUCGAAAGUCACACAACUUCCACCUGCUGCAAUCCAAGUCCAGGAGAGCUCAAUAACACUGACAUGCUCACACAACGAUACUAGCCUCAGCACCAUUCUGUGGUACAAACAUUCUCAGAACACCGGACUGAAGCUUUUAGGAUACCUUACAAUAACCACUCAAAACCUGGAGCCGGAAUUCAAGGACGGUUCUGCUUUUGGAGACGAAGUCAAGCAAUUCCUUACAGUUGUGUUUAAAAACAGAAACGAGUCGGAGACCCUGCCAUGCUUGCACACUUAUUCAUCAUAUUACUAUAUUCUGUGGUACAAACAAUCUCAAGAUGGAGAAAUGAAGUUCUUAGGAAACAUAGGAACGUCCGCCAACGUAGAAUCUGAAUUCCUGACCUCAAAGAAAAUAACAAUGAAAGGGAAUGGAGCAGCAAAGAGUUAUGCCAAUUUAACCAUAAACAGACUGGAAGAAAGUGACAGUGCUGUGUAUUACUGUGCUGCUAGUGAGCACAGUGCUACAACCCAGCCCUCUCUCUCUCAUCUCUCUCUGUUCACUCACUACCCAGCAUCUUUGACUCGACUCACGGAAACUCGAAAGUCACACAACUUCCACCUGCUGCAAUCCAAGUCCAGAAGAGCUCAAUAA